AUGGCCGUACUACCUACCCAGCAGGAGCUGCACGCGUCCUUCCCGCUCCUGUGGCCCAGUUGGCUCUGCGAAAUGCUGCCGGCACGUGCGCGGUGUCUAGUGGAUAGGCAGGAGGUCCGAUGUCACGAACAAUGGGAGAGGACGCUGGCAUCUGGUGUGUCCCUGGACGAAGAGGAGUAUACGCGCGCAUGGCUGCUGGUCAACUCGCGCACGUUCUAUAACGGGAGUAGUCUUACGGAGGGAUACCCCUGGGAGGAGAGGCUAGCCCUGAUCCCUCUGGCGGACCUGUUCAACCAUUCUCGCGAGGCAGGAUGCUCGGUCAAUUUCUCCGACGAAGGCUAUGUCGUCACGGCUGUGAGGGGUAACGAUCCGGGGGAGGAGAUGUAUAUCUCGUACGGGGACUAUUCCAAUGACUAUAUUUUGGCAGAGUAUGGCUUUGCCGUGGAGGGGCGGGAUGACGAGGAGAUGAUAUGCCUUAAUGAUGUGGUGUUUCCUAAGGCGCGUGCCCUGGGACUGCCCUCGUCACAUGACGGUGGUCCUGUCGGGGAGUACGCGAUUGACGCAAAUAAUGGACAGCCCUGCGAUGAUUUGACGAGGAAUAUGCCGCGUGAUCUGAGAGAGGAUGGCGGGGCCAAAGACCUGCUGGAGGAGCUCUUGCAAUUUGUGAAAGAUAGGAUCAAUGAUCUAGCUAGUUGA